AGCCAUCGUACUUGUGUCUUCUAGAGUAAAAUCAACUGUAUUGCUCUCAACUAAGGUAUCCAAAACCUGUCCUGCAUUGGUCACUGCAUAGAAUAGUACACACUGCACAGACAUAAUGGUUAGGUCUCCAUGUUGCUUUGACAGUAGCUUGAAGAAGGGUCCAUGGACACCCGAGGAGGAUGAGAAACUAGUUGAUUAUAUCAACAGAAAUGGUCAUGGAAGUUGGAGGACUCUGCCAAAGCUUGCAGGGUUGAACAGGUGCGGAAAGAGUUGCAGACUACGGUGGACAAAUUAUCUGAGGCCUGAUAUCAAGAGAGGAAAAUUUUCUGAAGAGGAAGAACGACUCAUAGUUAAUCUUCAUUCAGUUCUUGGAAACAAGUGGUCAAGGAUAGCUACACAUCUUCCAGGACGGACAGAUAAUGAGAUCAAGAACUUUUGGAACACCCACAUGAGGAAGAAGCUCCUCCAAAUGGGAAUUGACCCUAACACACACAAGCCUAGAGCUGAUCUCAAUCAUCUUUUGAAUCUUUCUGCCUUACUAUUUGGCAAUUUGACAAGUCCUUGGAACAAUAUCGUUAAGUUACAACUGGCAGACGCCACUCACCUAACCAACAUUCGAUUGUUGCAUAAUCUAUUACAGCAGAUUAUGAAUACAAGCACGUUUCCUGGUGUUACUGUUUCAGCAGGAACCCAAAAUCUUUACCCACUUGAACAACUACUCAAUAAGACUGCUACAACCUCCUUGUACACCAACGAACCAUUUGCACGAUCCGAGGAUCUUCCCUCUCAAGCACCAACCAUUGGAGUCAUAGAUAAUGCCAAUCUAUGGGCAUCCCUUGAAGGUGAAUUACUGGGCCUUAACAUGGAGAAUAACAACUUGAUUAUGAACAGUUGCUGUGAUAUUCAGACCGGAAACCCACUUCGUCAUCAGUUGGUUCCAGCCUCAAACUCAUCCUCUACUGGGACUUCCAUGGUCAAUCAAAUGGAAAGCAAUGCUAACCCAUUAAACGAUGUCGUUGAUUCUUGGGAUAAGCUAAUAGAUGAUGAUUCCUUCUGGAAAGAUAUUCAAGACUUAACAUCCUUCUCACAAUCACCUGCCUCCUGCUAGAGAUUUGUUGAAUGUGGAGAGAUUAGCAUAUGAUGAGAAAGUUCAUUUGACCUUCAUCGUUAUUAUUGUUAUAGUUUAAGAUUUUUCUCUUUCUUUUUCAAAUUUUUUAAUUUAUUCAAUCUUGAUGUAGAUGCUGGUUAUUAAUUAUAAUACGUUACCUGUAA